AUGUACCCGAUAGCGGCCAUGUUUCCAAUCCUGGGUCUGUUUUUGGCGUCGCCGGCCAUUCCUAAAGUUUUGGAUUUCAUCAAACCAUUGAACGAAACUCGCGCUCUGAUUUAUUUGUACGAAACCGAGUAUUUUGUGGACCAAGACGAGUAUUAUGUGCCGAUUCUCAUUCACACUUACAUGACCGUUCCCUUGUCAGUUGGCAGCAUUGUUUUUUUUGACAACAUGCUGGGGACCUUCAUUCAUCACGCGUGCGCAAUGUUGGAAAUUCUCAGGUUUGGAUUGUUUACUACAGAGCUAGAAUCGUCAAUAAACAUUGCAUGGCUCAUUGUAUUAGGGUUCAAUUUAUUGAUACUUACUGUUACAGGUAUGACGACAGUUAUAAAAAUAGAUCAACCUGACGAAGCAAUAAAAUUCAGCGCAUUCACAAUGGGUGCCCUUUUUCAUUUAUUUUAUAACAGUUUCCAAGGACAAAUCCUGAUUACACAAAGUGAAAAAAUUUUUUACUCCAUAUACACAUCUCAAUGGUACACUCUACCUUGCUAUCAUCAGAGACUUCUUAGUACAAUGAUAACAAGAAGCCACUCUCCGGCCGUAAUCACUGCGGGAAAAUUGUACAUUUUAUCCAUGGAUACGUUCAGCAUCGUACUGAAAAAUGCGAUGUCUUUCUUCACUUUGUUAUCAUCUGUGCGCUAA